UAAAACGCACAUCUUUACGUCGACACCAUGUCAGUGUUUCAUGACGAGGUAGAAAUCGAAGACUUUGAAUAUGACGAAGAAACGGAAACAUAUUAUUUCCCCUGCCCAUGCGGAGACAGAUUUGCUAUUACUAAAGAGGACCUGGAAAACGGAGAAGAAGUGGCAACGUGUCCCAGUUGCUCACUCAUAGUCAGAGUGAUCUAUGACAAAGAGGAUUUCAUGUCCGGAGAGAUAAUUCCAGCACCAGCAGUGGAAAACAAAGUGGAACUGGCCAAGACAUGACCUUGGAGCUCCUUCUUCUGUGACCUCCCCUGACCAUGGUGCUUUACCUAGUGUUGAUAGCCUAGGUGUAUGAGCCCUCACCUCGAUCGCAGCAGCGAGGAAAGACACUUCAUACUCAUAGUAACUACACGCACAACACAUAUAGUCCCCUAAGAGAGUCUGGACCCCUGUACAUCGUGGAGCUGGGCACAAUGCAGAAAGUGCAGCUUCGGAAAAUACUUGAGUUUUGUUCUAUUUAUCAAAUGUCAUUUAUGCAAACAUUUCUUACUUAAAUUAUUUUUUUAAAAAUUCCUACAUAUUAAAUAUAAGAUCAAACUUUUGUUGAAGUUUGUUGCCUCUUUUUUUGAAAAAGGUAAAAGAAUUAAAGGCCAAAAGGAUUAUAAAUAAUUGUCUUGAGUGUUACUGGUCAUUUUUAAAUGGUCCACAGGCAGAAAAUUGUGUGCACGUCACAAAAAUGACACCCAACAGGCUAUACAGAACAAAAAAAUUAGGUGCAGCAAUGCAAGUGACAGACUUCUAUGUGCUAAAGAAGCUAUGGCAGUUACACAAAUUUGGGGGGAAAAAAAUCAAGUUUAA